AUGACUGCGGCUGACGAGCAAGGACUCAACGAUCCGGUUCCGAGGGUCGUUGGCAGCACUUCGCAGGAGUACGAAGGUGAAAUCGAAGUGGGCAUGGCAGCAUCAGAAGAGACAGCAUGUGCCCGGUUCAUUGCACAAAUGGACAUCGCAAGCCCGGAGGUGCUGAGAGUGAUGCCGGCUGUUAAGGCCUUCCAGCACUGCUUUCUAGCUUUGCGUGGCGCAUAUGGUGUUGACCUCCUUGCAAUGAGUCAGCCGAGCGACACGAUAGCAGCCUUUUGGAGCCAUUCUUGGCACGGGCAGCGUUGGAAGAAAAUUUUGACACUCAUCACCAUCUACAAUGGUCGAGCAGCCAUCGGGUUAGGCAUGUUCAUUGCCGUUGUGAUGAUGGUCUUAUCCCUGGUCCUGGAUUUACCUGGCUACGACCGGCACGACAUGCGCGAAACAGACUGGUCGGCCUGGUCCUCAUGGUCUGGAUUUCUGGUCACCGCGCUCCUGAUGAUCUUUUGGCGGCCUCAAACGCGUGUUUUCCUCGACAGUACCUGCAUCAGCCAAAGCAACGACGACUUGAAGGCCGCCGGUAUCAUUAGUCUGGCUGGGCUGCUUCGACGGUCAGAGUCGAUGCUCAUUCUUUGGGAUCCAACGUGGACUGAGAGAUUGUGGUGCUUGUUCGAGCUUGCGGCAUUCUUGAAAAGCAGGGAGCGUGGAGCUGAUCAGCGGAAGCUGACCAUCACGCCAACUCUUCUAGGUCCGCUCCAAAUUGGAGCCUUCUUGACUGCCACCGCGGGUUCGCUUGUUUUCAGAGUGGCGCCUGCAGUGCGACCCUCCGUUUUCCUUCCAGAGGAUUAUUUCCUCAACACCCCUUUCCUUACCUCGCUUGCUCUCUUCUUGUUGGGCUAUGUGCUUGCGGGCAUCUUGCGACGCUAUUUCCGAGACUUGGACACCAUGAGGCGGCAACUGCUCUCCAUGUCCUUUGAUUCCGCUCUUUGUGCUUGUUGCACCAGAGGACAUGCCGACGGCCUCCCGUGUGACAGGCCCAUUUUGAAGCGAUGUAUGUUGACGUGGUUCGGUAGCUUGGAAUCGUUUGAGAGCACUGUGAGAUCGGAAGUUCUGGAGGUUUUGACGCAGGACCUUGAGGAAGUUUUCACCACAAGGGCCAUGAUCGCAGCAUAUACUCCAAUCAUGUGGGGUGUCAUGGACUAUGCCGUCACUGUUGCACGGGAAGAAGGACAAUUCUGGUCCAAUCUCCUGGCUACAAUCGCGGGUGGAUUCGCACUCUGGCUUGUGGCCAUGCCAUCGUUGAAGGGUUGGCUCGUGCUCGUAUGCAAGCACGCACGGGCGAGGCCAGGUAGUUGGUGUCUCGAGGUCAUGAAGAACUCGCUGGUGGCAUUGAUCGUUCUCUCUCAUUUGGUCUCCCUCUGGUUAGUUUGGACGUUCGCAUAUGGUCUCCAGCUUCCUCGGCCGGGACUUGCAGGAGUGUCCAUUCUCGGUACAUUGCUUCAUGCCAUUCUCUUUUGGUGCCUGGGCCUUGUCCACAAAGCCUUCCUCGCUCCAAAGCCCUAG